GCAGCUGCAUCGGUUGCCACAGAUAAAACCCAAGUAGAUUUUGAUAGAGUGAUUGAAAACAUCAAAGAACUGAAUAUCAUCGCUGGAGAAGGCCUGAAAGAGGUGAAACAUACGGCAGGUGGUGCUAGGCUGCAAACAAAAGAACAUGUACCACUCACACUGUACGCUAAUGGAAUUUUCAUGUUCAACGGUCCAUUCAGAUUCUAUGAAGACCCCAGUACUAAGAUGUGUAUCCAGGAUCUAACUGAUGGAUUUUUCCCAACGGAAUUGAAAACACAAUAUCCUGAUGGAACACCGUUCUUGGUAACUGAUAAACGAGAAGUAUACUACCAAGACCCACGGCAUAGGGAAUAUUUUCCCGGUGCUGGCCAGACGUUAGGAGGCACCAAGGUACCAAGUAAACUCAUUCCAACGAAUCUUGAUAAGGGAACAUCAAUGGAUGCAUCUACCAUACAUUCUAAUAUAGUAACUAUCACUAGUGAAACACCAGCCCCUAAAUUAUCAUUAGACCAGUUCUUGGAGAAGCUACCUCAAAGCAUUGUGAAAAAUGGCAACGUCAUUGAUAUUCGGUCGUCUAUCAGCAGCCAAUUGGCGUCAAAUUCUGAGUCGGGCCCUCAAGUUACCAUCCUAGACACCCCUAUUGUAAAAUCAAUCAAGGAACGUGUUAACAACCCCGCUUCAGCACAUGAGAAAUCUGCAAACAGGGCAUCCCGUCCAUCAUCAGCUCGCAAUGUAGCCACUCUACGCGUGAAAUCUGAAGCGGGUAAUGAAACGUACAUUCUAAAGUUAGCAUAUGAAGAUACAAUAGGAGAUGUUAGGAGGUACAUUGAUCAGCACAGGUAAU